CUAAAUAUGUCAAUACAGACAGGAAUUCUAAACAAUCAAAGUUACAUAAAUAAUCAGAAAAAUCAUUGAAUAGCUGCAUUUUUAAUUGUAUUAAAAAUGCCUCCGAAACCUAAAGUGAAUACAAAGCUGUCAGUUGCAAACAAAAGAAGUACAGAAUUACCAGAAGCUGGAAAUUCAGGAAAUACUGCUCCAAGAACUGAUAGUGGCCUGAGCCAAGAAGCCGAAGAUCAAUUUGAAUUAGAAUUAUGCUGGUGUAUUCAACACUUAGAAAUGUGUUUAGCUACUGGGAAACUUCCUGACAAACAAGUCCAUGAUUUAAAGAGAAAUAUAAAUAUUCUGAAAAGUAAUAAUGCAUCUCUGAUAAAGAAAAGGCAAAUAAUGCGUAAUACAUUAGGAAAUUAUAGAGAAAAAAUGGCUUUGGAUGAGCAGAAGUUUAGCAAAACUGCAUCUUCUGUCAAAUUUAUAUCUCCACCCACUCAGAAUAAAAAGUAUACAUUUAUAAAGAAAGCUGCUGCUCCUACAUCUACAAAGGAAAUACAACUUGCAAAAAGUGUCAUCCCUCCUUUGAAUUCUAGUGAAAAUACAACCGAUAAUGAUAAUAUACAGUCUGUAUUUAAAUUUAAUUUUCAAAUUCAGGAAGAAACAAAUCUUUUGUAA